UAAGGUGGAAAAAAGAGUUCCGGAAAAGAAAAGAAAUUGAAGAGGAAAGUUGUGAUAACAUUACCGAAGCCGUGGUUGUGGUUGUGGUUGUCGUUGUGUUUGGGGCAUUACCAAGUAAUGGCGUCCUCCGCUACGAUUUUAUCGUCUUCUCUUCUUCCGGCCAGUGCUCCGAUCUGUGACCGUCAAGACGGCCGACUCUGUCUCUUCCAAGUUGGGUCUGUCCGUGCCAAUAACAGAAGGGCUCGUGCCCCUUUUAGGGUUCAGGCCGCAAAGCCUCCGGCUGGAGUUGAAUUGCCAAAAGUACAGCCGAAAUUUGAAGCCCCGUUUCUUGGAUUCACUAAAACUGCUGAAAUCUGGAAUUCCAGAGCCAGCAUGAUAGGCCUCAUUGGGAUAUUCGUAGUAGAGCUGAUAUUGAA